UACACCCUGUCGUAUCACUUAUAUAAACACAUUAAUAAUUUUAUUGUUAAAAACAAAACAAAACAACAAUACUUUUUAGGUGACCAUGUUUUGACAUAGUUUAUUUUCUAUUAUUUUGUGGCGCCGUUGUGUCAAAAUGGUUCCGCUUUUAAUUAACUCGUUGGAACCAUACGCUGUUCAUUUUCUUAUCGUGAUUGCGAACCUGACCGAUUUUACUCUGGAACCGAACCUAAAUGACUUCCAAGAGGCGCUGGUUUCCGAGUUGAAUCACAAGCAGCAAGUCGACGUUGGAACCGAUGCUUCGCAGCAGACAUCUGCUUCCAGUUGUACAGUUGUGAAAAUGCAAAGGGCAACAUACAGAAGUCACGAAUCAUUCGAUGUCAUGGCUCUCUUUGAGGAUUCUCUGGGGAGUCGCUUAGAUGGACAAGUAGUGCUCAAGCUAUUCCAAGGACAUGAAAAAAACUUAUCACAAAUCACGGGCAACCAGAUCCAGGAUGUCUCAUUGGCUGACUUCAGCUUCGACGACAGAUCGGACGAAGUGCAGUUUUGGCGAUGGGCCACUGUUAUAACGACGGCUGUUUGCGCUCUUUCCAUUCUGCUCGGCAUCGUGUUAUGCUGUUUGAUGUGCUGCCAUGAUAAGAAACCAAAAGUUACGCCUGCCUCGACUUUCGAUAACUCGGCCCUGAUGGUGGAUCUGGAAACUGGUCGAGUGAGACACAGACAGAACCAUGACGACCAUAGUGUGAUCACUGGAGGCCACGACUCCCUCAUGUCCUCAGUAUCUCGCAGGCCACUCGUAAACAGCCAGGAUUUGUAUGUACCCACUGAGUUCAAAUUCAUGCCUGUGACCGAAACAAGUUCUCAUAAUGGUCCACUGACCGAGAGUGGCUUCAAUAAGGACGAUGGCGAUGAGAUUGAUACCAUGUCACAAUCUAUCUCUCUCUAUUUCGAAGAAGACGAAGCUCCACUUAAGAAUGCUAAUUCGGGCAUAAUCUCGGGCUACUCAAAUCGAAAACUGGACUUCCAGAGGACUGGAACUUUUCCCCGAGGAGCCAACCUGACUCUGUAUGAGAAAAGCUUGGUGCACGAGGCUGUCCUGGCACCUCUCGAACAAAUCAAGCCUCCGAAGGAGGCUUCAAUCGUCAGAAAAGCCUCUUCAUUGCAGGAUCUUUUUCGAGCAGUGGACUCAUCUCAGAACCCUCAGGGCAAAGUGAACGAAGCAUACGCAGGCGAAGACAGCGACGGAAACUCCAGUUUGUUUGAAGAAGUGGGCGGCGGACAAGUGGAAAGACCUCUCCCCUCAUUUGAAGAAUCAAUCGCCGCCUUCCAAAAGCUGGAAGGCCGAGCUCAAGAGGACUACACAAGAACGCUACCGAGUAAAUUGAAAAGAGUUCACACCUUGACCGACAUUGACUUUGAGGUCAGAAGAGGCAAUUAUGAGGAAUAUGCAGCAAAGGAAAUUACAGAAAACGAGAAGAAAAAAGCAAGCUCGAGUGGAAACUUACUUAACAAUAACUCUUUCUUCGGGAGAUGGUUUAACUGAUAUCCAAAUUAGUAUUUGGUCAAAAUUUACAAAACAAUUCA